GGCGGUAAACAUGUUAUCCCUCACAAUCAAUCCUCGCCGAUUGCAACACUGGACCUUUUCUAUUCCCACAGCUGCACCCAGAAUCUUCCGAAAGGCCAAGAAUUGGAAGCCAUUACGCCAGUACACCUGCCAGCGCUACCAACAAUGGCCUCCGAUCCCGGCUUUUGGUCUAAUCUUGGCGCUUCAAUGCGGUCUCUCUACCGCAAUCGCCCCUCCCGACAGCGUAAGAGCUCAAACAAUUCGAGCGACACUUAUCAACAGUUAGUUCACGAGGAUUCCAUCCGCCUGGUUUAUCUCCUGCCCAGCUCCAACGCCAACGAUCCAAUCGAGCUUACCAUGAUUCCUGCUCGACUCGGAGAAAAGCCACGUUACCGAGCCCUAUCAUACGAAUGGGGAUUGCAAGACGACCAACACGACCCCGUUAUUAUGAUCAACAGCCGCUACCCUCUGCGGGCUCGGAAGAAUUUAUACGAAGCCCUAAAAGAAAUCCGCGCAUCACCCGGCGAGUUUGCCAAUUAUCCUCUGUGGAUUGAUGCGAUAUGUAUCGACCAACGGCAAGAAUAUGGAGAAAAACCACAUCAAGUGCGGCUAAUGGGGAAGAUCUUUGGCCAGGCUGCGCUAGUUAUCGCCUGGCUGGGACUUGCUGGAUGGUACAGCGACUUGGCUAUUGACGCUCUCGAGGCAUGCAGUCAAUAUGGGCGAUUGUCAUUGCCGAAGCAUUGCUGCUUCGUCACCCGCAUUUUGGAGCCUCUUGAACCCAAGCAGACAUUCGAUACUUACCCUCCAUGGAUGACGAUGAAAGCGAUCAUGCUGCUAUGCAAUCGGUCGUACUGGCGAAGGGUAUGGAUAUUGCAGGAGAUACAUAUGUCCCGGUCCUUGGUGGUGAGGUGCGGGUCUCGAUCCAUUACCGAUACCGAUCUUAACCGAGCUUUUCAUACGCUCAAGAGCUUCGAGUGUAUUCCUCAUAUGAGGUACAAGGAAACCCAUCUAAGGAACUACUAUCGUGAUCUUACGAAGUUCCUUUGUAUCACCGGCUCCAGCGUUCCACUUCGACAUUUGCAAGCACGGGAAAAUGGGCACAGAAGCUUCGGCCAGUGGCUCCAAAUUUGUGUGGAUGGCAAUUUCCAAGCCACCGAACGCCGCGAUUAUCUCUUUGCGUUACUCGCCAUCUCAAACGAUAUGCGGGAUUUGGAUUUGACGGUGGACUAUGAAGUGCCAUUGCGGACGGUGAUGCAGCAAGCACUCCCGGCUAUCAGACGCAGCUAUUGCGCCAUCAAAGAAGAUGACAGGAAGUCAUGGGAUUCUUUUUCUCGCGAGGUUGACCAACUGAUGGGAUUUCACUUUGAACGAGACCCCUACACCCGUCAGAGCAGUUUCUUGCUACGAGACCCCUACACCCCUCACGGAAGUCUCUUUGAGAGUGCAGACCUUGAAACCCACUGGUACCAGCGGGUUUUCCACUAUGUAGUUCCAUGCACCCGUUGAACUACCAACUCCAUCUGAUAGCUUUGAUACCAUAGAUUGCUAGCGGCCCGGUCAUUUACGAAGACCUGAACGGUGUAUCUCUACCAGAUGUCCUGAUGCCUCGACCUCCUCCAUCCGAAACAUCAGGCGUAGAAACCUGAUUUGAAGUGUCAGAACAGUGGCAUAUCCGUCCACUCCUUGGGUACCUAUUUCUACAUAGGCUGCACUGGUUUCAGCUACUUCUUCUU